AAGAAAUCGGGUGGAGAAUAUAUAAUAAAUAAAUACAACCGAACUAAGUCCUUGACAGAUGAGAGCAGAAGAAAAUUGGUGAAUAUACUGGCAGCUGAGAUGACGGAGAAGAAUGGGUGAAGGAAAUGUAUGCACAAGGAAUUGUAAAAUCUUGUUCCCCAACCUCAGAGACCCAUUUUCCAAGAAUGGCUAUGAACAUUUUUAUGAUAGCAACAGUAGUACUGGGUACUUGGCCUGGAGAAUUAAAACUAUUCAGAGAUGCAGUGCUAAAGAAAGGCAGUCAUCAUUUGGAGCUUUGGCGGAAGGACCAUCUGAUGAAGACAAGUCGGGAGGACCAACUGUUGGACAAGUUACCCAAUUCAUUCCAGAGAUUGUCCUGUCUGAAGAUGAGUGCAAGGAAGCGAUGUCACUGAUGAAACAUUCGGCUGACGUGGACAUGGUCAUCAAAAAGAUGAAGCUGACAUUUGCUCAUCGGCAUAACAUGGUCCUGGACCCACAGCAGUCAAGCAACAUUCUAUCUUAUUUUCCUCGCUUUAAAGACAUCAAAGGCUUGGUUGAACAGGAUUUUGUUCUAAUGUUUGGAGAGAAUGUAUCGGGCAAGUUUGUGGAGAAGUGGCCAACCACACUCAAAAAGAAGAUCAUCAAACAAUGCAGAAAGCUUCCCUCCAUCGCUGAGCUUGAGGAACUCCUGAUGGCAGCUGACCCUCCUGAGGAUGGGGCUGAAGUGAACGUUGACUUUGGUUGGGACAGUGACCUCUCAUCGAUUUUGCUGCUCUUACACUUGAUCCCACCAACUGCUCUAGGUCGGAAGAGGCCAGGAAAAGUUUCUGCAUCCCGGGCUGAGAAGCAUCUUGUGGUCUUCUAGAAGACUGGAACAAGCAUCCAAGAACAUCUUGACACCAUUACUACCAGCACUCAACCCUAUCUCCUGGCUGUUGGAGUGAGGAAGAAUACAACCCACCAGUUCUUCAUAAUUCUCGACAAGAAUGCCAUACCUUGCAGGUCACACUCCUCUCUUGGUGCUUUUGAUGAACUGUUUAAAGCACACUUUGUGUUUGCGACAUCCUACCACACCAUGCUCCACACCAUGUACACAUUCAUCCAGACUACUUUGUACAACAUUGAUGUUGGGAAGGUCAAAGAGUCCUCAUGUUGCUGAAAUUAGGACAAGGUUGCUUCUGUAGUGUUUGACUUUUGUCUUCCACCAUUAAGUGUUUUGUUUGUCAGGCUGAGUUCCCUAGUUCAAACAUGCUUGUUCGACAUUUACGUUUAGUUCACGGUUACCUGCCUGGAAAAAAGCUUAACCUUAAAUGCGUUCAAACUGGAUGUGGUGGUGAGUUUGGUACUUUCUCUGGUUUUAGGAAGCAAUUGAAAACAAAACACUCAGAGUGUACUGAACUACAGAUUGGCACCAAUGUUCACUUAAACAGGACAGAAAGGCCUACUGAAACCCACUACUACCAACCACGUAGUCUGAUAGUUUAUAUAUCAAUGAUGAAAUCUUAACAUUGCAACACAUGCCAAUACGGCCGGGUUAACUUAUAAAGUGCAAUUUUAAAAUUCCCGCCACACUUCCGGUUGAAAAACUCCUUUGGAUAUGAUUUAUGCGCGUGACGUCACAAAAGCAACGGAAGUGGUUGGACCCCAUCGGACCCGAUAGAAAAGCCUCUUGUUUUCUUCGACAAAAUUCCACAUUAUUCUGGACAUCUGUGUUGGUGAAUCUUUUGCAAUUUGUUUAAUGAACAAUGGAGACUGCAAAGAAAAACGUUGUAGGUGGGAUCGAUCGGUGUCUUAGCGGCUAAGUACAAUACUAUAAUAUCUGUGAUAUUUGCAUUAGUGUACUGUCUUUAAGGGUUUGGGGAACGCGCAUGCGCGAGUGAGUUGGCGGAGAACUUGUGUGUGUGAGCGUGAGUUUUGGCUAACAGCAGCUCGUGUAUGUGUGUGCGUUACUUUUUGAACUACAACCAGUUACCGCUUUUUAAUAAAGCGAUUGAGCAGCGCUUCCUCGUCUGUGUGACUCCUUCUCCACUGCGGGGCAUUACAAUACUUACAGCAACACAACAAGGACUACUUACUACGCCUAGCCGAUGCUUGCCGCCAAACCCACGGAUGAAGUCUUUCGUCGUGCCGUUGAUCGCUGGAAUGCAGGUGAGCACGGCUGUUGAUGGGUUUCUAUCUUCAUUUGAGAACGAUGCUACGCGCUAGCUCAGUAGCUAAGUGUGUCACCGAUGUAUUGUCUUGGAGAUAAGUCACUUUAAAUGUCCAUUUCGCGUGCUCGACUCUCAUUUUCAAGAGGAUAUAGUAUCCGAGGUGGUUUAAAAUACAAAUCCGUGAUUCACAAUAGAAAAAGGAGAGAGUACAUAGUUUUGUGAGGUCUGGUUGCUAAGUUAGCUUCAAUGGCGUCGUUAGCACAGCAUUGUUAACCUUCGCCAGCCUGGAAAUCAUUAACCGUGUAUUUACAUUUCCACGGUUUAAUAGUAUUGUUGAUUUUCUAUCUAUCCUUCCAGUCAGAGGUUUAUUUAUUUUGUUUCUAUCUUCAUUUGAGAACGAUGCUAUCGCGCUAGCUCAGUAGCUAAGUGUGUCACCGAUGUAUUGUCUUGGAGAUAAAAGUGACUUUAAAUGUCCAUUUCGCGUGCUCGACUCUCAUUUUCAAGAGGAUAUAGUAUCCGAGGUGGUUUAAAAUACAAAUCCGUGAUUCACAAUAGAAAAAGGAGAGAGUACAUAGUUCUGUGAGGUCUGGUUGCUAAGUUAGCUUCAAUGGCGUCGUUAGCACAGCAUUGUUAACCUUCGCCAGCCUGGAAAUCAUUAACCGUGUAUUUACAUGUCCACGGUUUAAUAGUAUUGUUGAUUUUCUAUCUAUCCUUCCAGUCAGAGGUUUAUUUAUUUUGUUUCUAUCUUCAUUUGAGAACGAUGCUAUCGCGCUAGCUCAGUAGCUAAGUGUGUCACUGAUGUAUUGUCUUGGAGAUAAAAGUCACUUUAAAUGUCCAUUUCGCGUGCUCGACUCUCAUUUUCAAGAGGAUAUAGUAUCCGAGGUGGUUUAAAAUACAAAUCCGUGAUCCACAAUAUAAAAAGGAGAGUGUGGAAUCCAAUGAGCCAGCUUGUACCUAAGUUACGGUCAGAGCGAAAAAAGAUACGUCCAUCACUGCCUCUCAAGUCGUUCACUGUAACGUUCCUCAUCUACGAAUCUUUCAUCCUCGCUCAAAUUAAUGGGGUAAUCAUCACUUUCUCGGUCCGAAUCUCUCUCGCUCCAUUGUAAACAAUGGGGAAUUGUGAGGAAUACUAGCUCCUGUGACGUCACGCUACUUCCGGUACAGGCAAGGCUUUUUUUAAUCAGCGAGCAAAAGUUGCGAACUUUAUCGUCGAUUUUCUCUACUAAAUCCUUUCAGCAAAAAUAUGGCAAUAUCGCGAAAUGAUCAAGUAUGACACAUAGAAUGGAUCUGCUAUUCCCGUUUGAAUUAAAAAAAAUCAUUUCAGUAGGCCUUUGAAGAGACAGUGUCAGUUAAUGUAGAUGAGUCAGCCACAACAUCUGAACAGUUGAGACAAGCUAAUAGGAGCAGUCUGGAUAUGUGUGCCACUGCUGUUGCACAAUUUAAGGCAGCUGGAUUAAGUCAGUCUACUAUGAAUGGUUUUGUCUCAUCCAUGGCGGAAGUGUACAGAGUACUGCUGUGACUUCAUUGUCUGUUCAGAAGUGGCAUUUGACAUGCCUGUGUUUUGUAAGAUAAAAAAUAUUAUUGUCAAAGAUGAUGAUGUAUUGCUCUGUGGGAAACUGAUGGAAACUGUGUGUUUUGAGGAGCAUUACCAUGCCUAUAAGGUCAGGCUGCAUCCAGUCAAAGUUGUUAAGGUUUUGGACAUAACAAAACUGCCUUACUCCAAACCAUUCGAUGUUCAAAUGGCGUAUGGAACAUCAUGUUCCACAUUCUAUGUUGUUCCAUAUUGCCAUUUCAUGCAGCCCGAAGGUCACCCUUUCUGUAUUCUCUCCCUAAAGUUGAUUGUUCUGCCUGACAAAGA